AUGGCGUCCAGGCUGCUCAGCCGGCAGCUGGCAUGCAGCCUGCAGCACCCCUACCACCUGCUCACACCCGGAUCCAGACUCAUCAGUCAGGCCUCAGCCAAAGUGGACAUGGAGUUUGAUUAUGACGGGCCUCUGAUGAAGACAGAAGUCCCGGGGCCUCGGUCUCGGGAAUUAAUGAAACAGCUGAAUAUGAUGCAGAAUGCAGAGGCUGUGCAUUUUUUCUGCAACUAUGAAGAGAGUCGAGGUAACUACUUGGUCGACGCAGAUGGCAACCGGAUGUUGGAUCUUUAUUCACAGAUCUCCUCUGUUCCCAUUGGUUACAGCCACCCCGCUCUCAUGAAGCUUCUCCAGCAGCCUCAGAACGCGAGUGUGUUCGUCAACAGGCCCGCCCUGGGCAUCCUGCCCCCAGAGAACUUCGUGGACAAACUGAGGGAGUCCUUGCUCUCGGUGGCUCCCAAGGGGAUGUCCCAGAUCAUCACCAUGGCCUGUGGCUCCUGCUCCAAUGAAAACGCCUUCAAGACCAUCUUCAUGUGGUACCGGAACAAGGAAAGGGGGAACACGGGGUUCUCCAAGGAGGAGCUGGAGACCUGCAUGAUCAACCAGGCCCCCGGAUGCCCUGACUACAGCAUCCUCUCCUUCAUGGGCGCGUUCCACGGGAGAACCCUGGGUUGCUUGGCGACCACUCACUCCAAAGCCAUUCAUAAGAUCGACAUCCCUUCCUUCGACUGGCCCAUCGCACCGUUCCCACGGCUGAAGUACCCUCUUGAAGACUUUGUGAAGGAGAACCAACAGGAGGAGGCCCGCUGCCUCGAGGAGGUGGAGGAUCUGAUUGUGAAAUACCGCAAGAAGAAGAAGACGGUGGCUGGGAUCAUUGUGGAGCCCAUCCAGUCGGAGGGCGGGGACAACCACGCCUCUGAUGACUUCUUCUGGAAGCUGAGAGACAUCGCCAGGAAGCACGGCUGUGCCUUCUUGGUGGAUGAGGUCCAGACAGGAGGGGGCUGCACUGGCAAGUUCUGGGCCCACGAGCACUGGGGCUUGGACGACCCCGCGGACGUGAUGACCUUCAGCAAAAAGAUGAUGAUUGGGGGCUUCUUCCACAAGGAGGAGUUCCGGCCCAACGCUCCUUACCGAAUCUUCAACACUUGGCUGGGCGACCCCGCCAAGAACCUGCUGCUGGCCGAGGUCAUUAACGUCAUCAAGCGAGAGGACCUGCUGAAUAACGCGGCCCACGCGGGAAAGACCCUGCUCUCGGGGCUACUGGACCUCCAGUCCCGGUACCCCCAGUACAUCAGCAGAGUGAGAGGACGAGGGACCUUCUGCUCCUUCGACACUCCAGAUGAAUCCAUACGGAAUAAGCUCAUCUUAAUAGCCAGGAACAAAGGUGUAGUGUUGGGGGGCUGUGGCGACAAGUCCAUCCGCUUCCGCCCCACCAUGGUCUUCAGGGAUCACCACGCGCACCUGUUCCUCAAUAUUUUCAGUGACAUCUUAGCCAACUUCAAGUAAAGCAGCCGCUUCCAUUCACUCAGAGAAAGCCCCAAUCUCAACAGUUGUCAAAUUGAUUAGUUUGCCUAAUUCAUGUUUUCACUUAGAAUAUCUGACAAGAGGUG